AAACGAGUUAAUGGUGUUACAGAGAAUACAUUCCCCCUGCUUGUCACCGGCGAACUCCGUCAACAUGGUCAACACGGUUUGCGCCAGAUUCCUCCUUCAGAGAUCAACACGAAGGAUACUAUUCUCUUCCCGAGCAGCCCCCGCAUUUUCCAGUCCAUUUCUGUCUCGUGCUCAUAGAUUAGAACCCGGAGAUGAUGAGUUGUACCAACGUACCAAGGUGUCUAUAAUGAAGAACGAACCAGAGAGUGGGAUCUUGAUCCACAGCUACAGUUCAUCAGGAUUCAACAUCGAUGGCAACCGGGUGUUUGGGCCCUGUGCUGUGUUGCUUCCUGCUAUUCUGCAGUGGAACGUUGGCACAUAUAAAGACAUCACAGAAGAGAGUGUUUCACUCUUCCACAUGGUUGAACCAACAAUAGAGAUUCUUGUGCUGGGCACAGGCUUAAAGCUCGAGCGAAUCGACCCCUCAGUCCUUGCACUGCUGAGGCGUAAAGGCAUUGCUGUGGAGGUGCAGGACACGCCAAAUGCAUGUGCAACCUUCAACUUGCUGACAAGUGAGCGAAGAUUGGUUGCCGCUGGUCUGAUUCCUCCUUCUCCCAGCACAGCCCUAGAAGUUAAAAAGGACUAAGUGUUGGAAUGCCGGCUAGAAAAUGGAGUGGUAACUGAAGACAAAGGUUCACUUACAAGUGAAAUGGCCAUUCAAUUUCUGCAGAAAGCUCACAGAGAAACAAAAACAUUAUAUCCAGCUCUGGCAUUCAGUUAGUUAUUGUUGAAUGAAGUUUGUUUAAAGCAGCAACCACAACUCAGAGACCUGAGGUACACUCUGGUGAGCCAUGAGCCACAUUUCUGCUCACUAGUGUAAUACUCACAGCAUUUGGAUGUACACGAGUAUGUUGGACAGCUCUGUCACCAUGUUGGCAAUGAAAUCUAAAACCUAAAUACAUAUAUAUGUAUUUCAGUGUGAUAUAUAUAUAUAUAUAUACACACACACACACACACACAUAAGGAUAUAUAUGUAUAUUUGUAUGUAUAUGUGGAGAAUGCUUUAACUUAAAGUGUGAUGCAUUUGUUGUUUCAACCCAACCACAAAAGCAUCUUAACAUACUGUAAUUUGCAAAAGCUGAUCUGUGUGGCAAUAUGUAAAAUAAAGAUUUAUGUGUACAUAUGUUCCAGGAGG